AUGAGCGGCAGUGUGACCUCCCUCUACAUCUCCCGCAACACCCACACCACGCUGCGCAAGGAUGUAUGCAGACCCGGAACUGCGACGACGGCUACGUUCGACGUGUGCUACGUGGACGAGGACGUUCCGGGCUCCGAGGACGCCCGUGACAAGGACGAGCCUCUCCACGAAGCCUAUCCACUUCGUGCCUGGCAGACACCCGGAGAAGGCAGUGAUGGAGAGCUCAGACGACGAAGGCGCGGAUGGCGCCAAGGAGCCUAUGCCAUGAGUACUGGUGGACGAGUGGAGCGAAUGGCAGAAGUGGUCUUCGUGCCGUCCCGUCUACCUGGACGAGCUCCGGAUGAUGAAAGGCUGACGAGCAUCUUCAUGCGGCCUCCCGAUGACCCUGUGAGUCGACAAGCUAUGCCGGAGUGGUUGCGGCCGGACUUCCUGUACAAGCUCAGUGCCCCGAUCUAUGGACAGGCCGACGCUCCGAGGAGGUGGUACAUUCAUGUACGCAAGGUCUUGACUGAGUUGGGUUGGAUACCACAUACGUUGGACCCCUGCUUGUUCCUCCUCGUCGAGAAAGUCCAGAACACCGACACCGUGGUGGGGGUGCCAGGCCUGCACGUCGACGACCUCAUCCGCGCCUCCUUGAACGGCCUCAAGCGCCACCUCGAUGCUGCGCACGCGUCAUUCACAUGGGGCAAGGCCUGGGACAGCAAGGCCAGCUACGUCUCCGAGGUGCCGGUGACAAAAGCCAAGUUGGAGCCUACGGAACGCCUCUCGGACCACCCGGAGUUGAUCACCGAAGUCAGGUCGGGCGUCGGCAGACCUGCUGGAGAUCAACGCGGUUUUGCGCUACGUCGCUACGUGAAGGCGACGAUCGAGUCCUUCUACAAGAUAGUGUCCGUGCCCUGGUCAGAGAUGAUGCUGGUUGUAUAUGGCGACUCGGGCUUCGGCAACACGCCCAACGGCAAGAGCCAAGGCGGCUUGGUGGUGGUGGCUACUACGAAGCGCGCCGAGGACUACGGGAACUUCCUGGCAGCAAUGCUCUCAGAGAUGCGCGAUGCAAGCCAUCAAGCAACCAUGCGCGCCCGGCUGAUCGAGGUGAUCCCCGUGACGGAGAAGCGCGUGGAGAUCAGCAUCGCAGCGCUGGGGCAACAAUGCCGCAAUCUUCGUUGGGUUCCGACAGAGAUGCAGAUGGCCGACGCCGUGACCAAGCGGAACCGCGCACUCCGUGACCGGAUGGAUGGCCUC